AUGGCACCUCGACGCGGCGGCGGAGGCUUUUCCUCGAGUUCCUAUGGCGAUGACAGUCCCUGGAGCGAAACAAUCUGGUUGUCACUGGAAGGCUACCAGGGCAAGGGUUUCUUUUUCGCCCAGUUUGCCUUUGAUAUCCUCACUCUUAUUGCGCUCGUCAUUUUCCUCAUCUGGGCAUGUACAAUCAGGAAUCGUGGUCUCCCGCUGACGGGAAUCAUUUGUGCCCUGACUUCCUUUAUAUGCGCCCUAAUAAACACAAUAGUCUGGGCAUCUCUACAUAUCGCCGAGGCGGAGGUGAUGAUGUACUAUGUGAUCAGCCUGAUGCUCCGGGACUUCUUCUUGGUGAUGGGGAUCUGCCUCACUUUCUACGUCUUCUGGAGCCUCAUCCAUCGCUUCUUGGGCCUGAUUACAUCCUCUGGCAAGCCGCACGUGGCAGUGACUACCGUCCAUUAUCUCCUCUUUGCUCUCAUUUUCGUGGUCUCUCUUGCCAAAGUCGCCUUGUAUAUCACUUCUUGGGUGGGAUCCGUGACUCGCAACCAAGAACUUCUCAUUCAAGGGCAGUCUUCGGCAAAGCUGAGUGUCGCGAUCUAUAUCAUUUACUGGCUGCUGUCUAUGGAGGUGCUUGGUUGGACGAUAUUCGUGAUCAAGAAGGCUGGUAAUCAUUUCGUGUCAAGGAUGCCCGCUGGCGCACUUGUCAAUGCCGCCGUUUGCUGGUUCGCGAUGUGCCUCACCUGGGCCGUCAAAUACAUUCGCUAUAGCCCAUUGUUUGCUAAUGCUUACCCGAUGUAUAUGGACCUCGUCACAGCCAUUAUCCAACUCGUCUUCUGGGUUGGAACUUACACUGGUAUUCUCCUGUGUUGUGCGAAAUGGCGCAGGCUCGGAGACGAGCAGAGCUAUGCUGCGCCUCAGUACGAGGCCCAGCAUCCCCCCGCCUACUUACACCAGAAUAUGACCCAUGUCCCUGAAGGAAAUUACCCUCCAGUUCAACAGCAGCCAUAUGGAUCUGCUCCUUACCAGGAUUAUUCGGCACAGCCUCUGACUUACUCGCACCAAAUCUCGCCUCGUUAA